ACAUUUCAAAUGAUUAAGGUUCCUGUUGCAUGUAAAUCAUGUCCCUGUGGCUACAUAUUUAUUAGUCGAAAACUCUUGCAUGCUAAACGUGCUGAGAGAUCACCACCCAUCACAGAAAACAAGAGUGAGGCCAAAAGGAGACGGACGGAGAGAGUUAAGCGAGAGAAGAUAAAUUCUGCAGUAAAUAAAGACUUAGAAAACCGAAAAAGAUCCAGGUCUAACAGCCAUUCAGAUCAUAGCAGACGAGGAAGAGGAAGACCUAAGAGUGCCUCAGCCAAAAAGCACGAGGAAGAAAGAGAGAAACAAGAAAAAGAAGUUGACAUGUAUGCUAACCUUUCAGAUGAAAAGGCCUUCGUAUUUUCAGUGGCCUUGGCGGAAAUAAACAGAAAAAUUAUCAAUCAAAGACUUAUUCUGUAACUUGUAAGCACAAUCUGAUGCAUUUAUAUGCAGAAUGGCUAGCAUAUUUCCAAGGUGUCGUGGACUCUCGGAAAGUGUGUUGUCUGCACCAACAAGGACGAUAGUAUUUCCUGUUAAAAUUCUGCUGCUGUUCUUGGAAAUCGAAUUCUGUCUCUACAAGUCAGAAAGAAAGUGUUCACAAGAUUGUGCUAUGAGAAAUCAGAAAGCAGAUAUGUUUUACACCUUGAAGACAAAUGCUAGACAAAUGCACAGAGAGACUGCACCCAUUCCAGAGCACUUCUUUUAAAUUUGCUGCCAGAAAUGCAAUAUUUUAAAUAUUUUCAGAAAUAAAUGAUUUUCCUUUAAAAUUAUAUAUUUCAGAUUUUUCAGCUAUAUUGCAGUUUACGUAUGUACAGUUCACAUAACUUUUUAAUAAAUUGAUAUUACAGUA